AUGGGUCGGGGGAGAGUGCAGCUGAAGAGGAUAGAGAACAAGAUCAACAGGCAGGUGACGUUCUCCAAGAGGAGAGCUGGUCUGCUGAAGAAAGCCCACGAGAUCUCUGUUCUGUGCGAUGCUGAGGUCGCCCUCAUCGUCUUCUCCCACAAAGGGAAGCUCUUCGAAUACGCCACCGACUCCUCCAUGGAGAAAAUACUAGAGCGCUAUGAGAGGUAUUCUUACGCUGAGAGGCAGCUUGUAGGUGCAGCUACUGAACUUGACACACAGGGGAACUGGGUAGUGGAGUACAACAGGCUCAAGGCCAAGAUUGAGCUUCUGCAGAGGAACCACAGGCACUAUAUGGGGGAGGAGCUGGACACCAUGAGCACCAAAGAGCUGCAUAACUUAGAGCAGCAGCUCGAUUCUGCUCUCAAGAACAUUCGAUCCAGAAGAAACCAACUGAUGCAUGAGUCCAUCUCUUCUCUUCAGAGAAAGGAAAAAGCAAUCCAAGAGCAAAAUGAUGUUCUAGCCAAGCAGAUCAAGGAGAAGGAGAAGGCAGUGGCAGUGGCAGAACAUCAACACCAGCAGCAGCAGCAGCAGGCAUUCUGGACACACCAAAACCAUCAUGCUCCAAGCCCUUCACAUUUCCUUCUUCCACAGCCACCACCGUCACUCCCUUGCUUGAACAUUGGUGGAACUAGUUACCAUGAAGAUCAUCAUCACCGCCAGCAGGGUCCAGAAGGCAGGACGAGCAGGAAUGACCUUGACCUCACCCUGGAACCCAUUUACUCCUGCAACCUUGGCUGCUUUGCUGCCUGA